AUGCCUUCGAGUGUCAUGCGAUUGUAUCCUAUUAAUUUUGCACAUGUUUUGGCGCCAAUACAAAGUGGUGCUAACGAGCUUGAGUCUCAACCUCAAGACAUAUCAAUCAGGAGUCCAACAAGAAGAGUACCGGCACCUAAGAAAUCUCUUGCUCUGAAGUUAUGGGACUUAUUGCAGCCACUGGCACGGCUAUGGGGUCUUGUUACUGCUGUUGUUCUAAGCGGAGCUGGAGCAGAAUUAAUGGUACUUGGGUAUGAAAUUGCACCAGGAUUUUUAGUUGGAGCAGUUUUGGUGUUUCUUUUGGAAACGAUGUGGGUUGUGGCGCUAUUCGUGGAUCUGCUUUGCCGGCGCGGGGAGUACACUCUGUCUCUGCGUUGCUGGGACUUAAUGCGGUGGUCGUGCGGAAGAGCGCGUGCGCCAUUUUAUGCUUGCGCCGCUACCGCCAUCUUGUUUGCCAACCUCACUCUAUUGGCCGUUGUUGCAGGUGGUCUGCUGCUAGUACUAGCCGCACUACGGGCAGCGGUCCCGUUCUCUCCGUAUGCCAGCCACGGACCGCACCCGCCCAGGGCGGGUAGUUCGUUGCUAAGCCAGCACGACUCGCCCUUGCCUGACGUGUUCUACAAUGCCGCUCAUUCCGCUGACGACAGAUGUGAAGAGAUGACUGUUCUCGACAUAAAGAGCCCGCAGAAAUCGCGCUCUGUGACGCCGAAACCUCCGCUCCUUGAACUG